AUAGUAACUCACUACAGACACAUCACAUCACUUCACUUCACUUCAUCGCAGAACACUUCAGAGGGACAUCUGAGCAUUCACUGUUGAAAAGCGACGGAAACGGCUACUGAAAACAUUUUACAACCCAAAGACUGAUUCUAUAAGAGCAGUAAUGGAAAAACACACGCAGCAGACUAAAAUGGAACUCCCCAGUCUAGAGAUGUGUGCUCUGAUCGCAGACACAGAGAUCAAUGCUCUGUCAAAGCACUGUGACGAGUUAAUAGCCAGACUCCAUGAUGAAUAUAACAUCAGCACCAACCAGAAGGAGGACAAGGAGCUCCCCUCCCAGCCAAGACUCCAGGUUCCAGGACCCCUGGAGAUUGAGGUUGACCAUCAGGAGGUCUCCACCCAGCCAGGACUCCAGGUUCCAGGACCCCAGGAGAUGGAGGUCGACCACCAGGAGGUCUCCACCCAGCCAAGACUCCAGGUUCCAGGACCCCAGGAGAUGGAGAUUGACCACCAGGAGGUCUCCACCCAGCCAAGACUCCAGGUUCCAGGACCCCAGGAGAUGGAGAUUGAUCACCAGGUGGUCCCCCACCCAGCCAACACUCCGGACUCAACUGCUCCUGAGCCGACUCUUGAACAACGCCUGCAGGAAGCAAACUACCUUAUCCAGCAGGAAAUGGAGAUGCGGUGGAUGGCGCAGAACAGCAGCACCAUCGACAGGAGCAAGCUCAAGGAAAUGGAGAAGACACUGCAGGAGGAGCGCAGCUUGAGACUGAAGCAUGAAGAGGAGUUGCAGAGGUUCAAAGAACAAGUCAGAUCUUUGAGUCUGUCCACCAGAGCGCCUCCAGCUGAGCCCCUGGAUGAGUCUACCUUCAUUAAGGACCAGCUUAACAUCAGCACCAACCAGAAGGAGGACAAGGAGCUCCCCUCCCAGCCAAAACUCCAGGUUCCAAUACCCCAGGAGAUGGAGGUUGACCACCAGGAGGUCCCUACCCAGCCAAGACUCCAGGUUCCAGGACCCCAGGAGAUGGAGGUUGACCACCAGGAGGUCCCUACCCAACCAAGACUCCAGGUUCCAGGACCCCAGGAGAUGGAGAUUGACCACCAGGAGGUCCCCACCCAGCCAAGACUUCAGGUUCCAGGACCCCAGCAGGUGGAGGGUGAUCACCAGGUGGUCCCCCAACCAGCCAACACUCCGGACUCAACUGCUCCUGAGCCGACUCUUGAACAACGCCUGCAGGAAGCAAACUACCUUAUCCAGCAGGAAAUGGAGAUGAGGGGGAUGGCGGAGAACAGCAACGCCAUCGACAGGAGCAAGCUGAAGGAAAUGGAGAAGACACUGCAGGAGGAGCGCAGCUUGAGACUCAAGCAUGAAGAGGAGGUGCAGAGGCUCCAAGAAAAAGUAAGAUCUUUGAGUCAAAGAGAAGAACUGACUGCCUGUCAGCUGGAGGUGAAGACCAGCUCAGGUCUCGAGCUAGACGUGAAGUCUGAGGCUGCUGAGGACAUCAGAGAUGACAACGCUCCAGAGAAGAUUCCUGAAACACAUCAGAGGCCUUCUCUGUGGAGGAGAUUCAAGAAGUUUGUCACUCCAAAACACCGCCGACAAUACAAGAACUGAUCGACUGGUCCAGCUGACCAGCAGGGAAACAUCAACACCGGUUUUGAAAUGGACGUGAAGUCCGGCUUCGGUUUUGAACUGGACGUGAAGUCCGGCUCUGGCUUUGAACUGGACGUGAAGUCCGGCUCCGGCCUUGAACUGGACGUGAAGUCCGGCUCCGGUUUUUAACUGGACGUGAAGUCCGGCUCCGGUUUUUAACUGGACGUGAAGUCCGGCUCCGGUUUUCAACUGGACGUGAAGUCCAGCUCUGGCGUGGGAUCACUCCGGGUAUUCCGGUUUCCUCCCACUUAUUAAAACAUAAUAAAACAUCAUAAAUAAUAA